AUGGAGCACGCGCAUGACGAGCUCAGCCUCGAGCUCACCCUGGCCGCCGCCGUCGUGGCCCUGGCGCCCGGCUUCUUCCUAUGCGUGUACUGCCACCGCAAGUUCCGCACCUCGCAGGCUCUCGGCGGCCACCAGAACGCGCACAAGGAAGAGCGAGCCGACAAGCACCGCCGGGAGACUGCCGCCACCACGGCGCAUGCUUCGAAACCGGAGAGGGCUGCCGCCACUGUUUGGGUGUCCGAGGAGGCAGCAGCAGCAGGUGGCAUGGCGCACAAGCGCAACACGAGCUCGUCGGAGCGCGGCCAGGAGCUGGACUUGUCCCUCCGGCUAUAAUUGGUCGUUCAGUCGAUAUAUCUCCUAUUUCCGGUCCUAGGUAAGGCAAAAUCUAUCUUCUUGUUACAAGCUCCUAUUGUGCUUAAAGUGGAUUCA